ACUCCCGCUUCGCUCAAUGGGAUUGAGGGAAAAGAUAAGUUUCUUUAACCUUAAGCGUUGACAGAGUACUUCCUCCCAUACAGCCAUACAGUGAGAUACAGUACAGACAGGACGAAUCGACUCUCUGAUCGAAGUCAAAAAUUAAACAGACACAAUGCAGAAAUAAGCUCAAUCUUUCAAGAGAAGCAGCCGCAACGAAACAUUUUACGACAAGUUGCUAACUUUUUUUCUUCGAGAAACCACACAUCACUGCCACUGCACCAGUGAAGAGUUCGCUCUGAAGUUGUGGAAGCAAGAACACAAUGAUGGGUGACCCGGCCGUGAAGCUCGUCGGAGCCUUCGGCAGCGCGUUCAGCCACCGCGUGGAGGUGGCCCUGCGGCUCAAGGGAGUCGCCUGCGAGCUCGUCCUGGAAGACCUGCGCAACAAGAGCGAGCUGCUGCUCGCCCACAACCCCGUCCACAAGAAGGUCCCCGUGCUCCUCCACGGCAAAGCGGCCACUUGCGAGUCGCUCGUCAUCGUCGAGUACGUCGACGAGGCCUUCGCCGGACCGCCGCUCCUCCCAGCCGACCCCCACGCCCGCGCCGCCGCCCGUUUCUGGGCUCACUUCAUCGACGAAAAGUGCAUGAAAUCGCUGUGGGCGGCGCUGUGGAUGGAAGCCAGCGAGGCGCAGAGGACGUCCAUGGCGGAGGCCAAGAGGAGCUUGGCAUUGCUGGAGCAGCAGCUCAGCGAGAAGAGCAGGUUCUUUGGAGGCGACUCCAUUGGCCUUGUGGACAUAGCUGCCAGUGGGCUGGCUCUCUGGCUGGGAGUCAUGGAGGAGAUCUCCGGGGUGACGGUGGUCACCGACGAGGAGUUCCCUGCCCUUCGCCGCUGGGCAAGGCGGUACGUCGGCAAUGAGGACGUGAAGCGGUGCCUGCCGGAGAGGGACAGGCUCGUCGCCAUGUUCUCUGAGUGCAAGGAGAUGUUUAGAGCAAUGGCAAUGGGUAGUGACGCUGAAACGGUGAAUUGAUCCAGGUCUCGUCUGCUCUUGGAGUCUGCCAGUUUGUUUCUGAGUUUCAUCCCCUUCUCGCCUAGAGCCUCCUUAUGAGCAGUGAUAACGUAUCAACUCAAAAGGACUUGCAUUUAUAUGGUACUCAAUAAUUUAUA